UUUCCAGUCUUAUAACCAUUCUCAGCUUCAUCUUGUAACACAUUUCUAUAAGUCAAAAGGGCCUUCUACCAUUUCUCAAAGGGAGAAUUUUGGUAGAAACAAACAAUUUAUUAUUCUUAGUGUAAAGAUCAUGUUGGAGUACCUUGGUGUUAAAUCUCUGUGGAUUAGAGCAUGUGGUUUAUGGUGAUGGAAAUAAUUCAUUCCUCUGCAAGAUAUUCAGUAAGUAGAACAAUAGCAGCCAAAGUUGUGGGUACUGAAAUGCCGGUAUAUUAAUGACUCCUAAUUUAUGUUUUUCAAAUAUAAGUUUUAAAGUCAUUUUUUUUUUUAAAAUAUAAUUAAUGUUUUAUAACUAUAAGUAGCACUAUCACAUACCUGAUAUGUUAAUUUCACUUACUACUAAUUGUUUUGCAAUUUUGCGUUGUGUCGUUUGGUAACACUUUUGUUUUUUAAUUUUUUAAUCACAAAAACAGAAAACAAAAGUGUGUUCUGUAAAGUUCAUUUUUUGAUUUUAUUUACGUCAGGUCUAUAGGUCCGGGGUCGGAUUCGAGUUCAGGUCAGAGGUCGGGUUUAGCGCCAGGGUCGUGGAGGGAUUUGGGUCCGAGUCUGAUCGAAGUCCAAAAUAUUGAUUAAUAAAAAAACUGUUUAAAAAAAUAUUGAAAGUAAUUUUUUUUAAAAAAAGAUAUUUUGAUUCUCAAUUAAAAAAUUGAAAAAUAAAAACAGUUUUACAGAACAUAUUUUUGAAAAAUAUUUUCACUUUUUCACUUUUAAAAAUUGAAAACUAAUUAAAAAAGUGUUACCAAACACCGCAAGUAAUUUAGCCUUGAAAUGAGUAGAUAGUGGAAUUAAAGGAAUAAAUGAUAUAUAUUUUUAUUCCUCUGUUUUAUCGUUCUUGAAUCUUGAACCCGUGACGAACUAUAUCUUGAUUACUAUAUAUAUACAAUUGUGUACGUUACCCCCACCAACCCACAUUCCUUUGAAAAACACUAAUUUUUAUCUUUGCAAAGAUAGCUUUUCUACUUUGGAAAACAUUCUUUGUAAUUAUAAGCUAGCUUUUCAAAGCAACAUGGAUGCAAAUGGACGUGAUGAUGAUGAUAGGGAAACAUUAUCCAAUUCAUCUAUUCCCACAAGAACUAGAGAUUUGUCUUUCAUUGUUGAAGAUUUGUUUAAAAGAUCAAUAGCGCAAGAAAAACAACCCAAUAUGGAAUCAUCAUCAACAGCACAAGAUCAACUUGAUAUGGAGGAAUUAACAGCACUGCGGCUAUCUUCUUCCUCUUUUCCUAGUAAUCCUGCAAUGAAAUUACGAGCCCAAGAACAACCCAAUAAUAUGGAAUUAGCAGCAAUGGACCAAUCUAAAAUGGAGGAAUCAGUAAUAUUACAACUGUCUUCUUUUUCUUUUUCUAGUGAGCCUUCAAGGAAAUUAACACAAAUAGAAGCCCCAGUAUCCCGCAAGCGCGCUAGAACAGGAUUCCCAAAAGUUUGUGCUAAUGCGAGUAAACAAAAAUCAGAGUAUGAUGAGAUUAUGUGUGGCGUGACAGGUGUUGAUCAGGAGGGUCCUUCUUAUGGUGUUAUUAACGUUGGAAAAGGAGAAGACAUCAUAGGAAAAGUCAAAUCGUUUGCGUCACAGAUACGGGUGGAGACGAGUAGUGUGGUCAUUGUGUCAGCUGUUGGUGAUGUUCUUAAUCCGACUCUUACGAAGUAUUACAGAGGCAAAAACAUACGAAAUGAUUAUGAGGGACAAUUCAAAAUUGCUCGCUUUUAUGGCACAAUUGAUCGAGGUGUUGUGAUCAGGGUUUUACGUCGUCGUUUUGAAGACCAUAUUGAUGAAUAUAAUGGGGAGGUUAUUGGAACGCUCAUUGCUGCAGCGACAACCUACGUUCAUGUAAAAUGGUGAUACAGACAACAUUGUAGAUUACUCCUAAUUAAAGCUAAGAGUUUCCACAAGCAGUUUCUCAUGUAUAUUUUACUUGUGGUUUGAGCCUGUCUUGUUUCUUUAUCGUUCAUUUUUCUUUUAAUGUUUGAACUGGAUUGAUGUUUUUGCUGCUUAAUUCCUUCAAACAUAAAAGUUUAGCCUUCAUUCUUCACUUUAUCACGCUUUCUAUUUUAUGCUUUUUAAAAUGGCAACUAUAAAAUUACUAGACAGAGUAGUGGAACAUAUAAAUUGCUUUCUCUAUUAA